AUGGCACUCACCCGCGUCAAGUCAAAGGGACUGGGCCAUAUUGCUCUGGGAGACAGCGGUCGCUCAGAGACGACCUCAUCCGGCAACGUCGGCAACGAUGGACGCGUACGGGUGAGAUUCCACGAGAAUCCGCAAAAGUUGGCGCAUUGGUUUCGCGACUUUGAAGGCGCCUUCAGACCGCACUCUGGCGACUACGAUGAAGAGUUUGAACAGGCCCGGCUACGGCGACGCAGCAGCGUUAUCCUCCAAAAUUUACAGCAGCACCCGCCGUCAGGGAGCCCGCGGCUGAACAUUGCGAUACAUAUUGUCGGAUCCCGCGGCGAUGUCCAGCCCUUUAUCCCCAUCGCGCAGCUUCUCAUGAAAGAGCCCUACAACCACCGAGUCCGCAUCUGCACACACCCCGUCUUCAAGGAUUUCGUAGAGUCCAAUGGCGUCGAGUUCUUCAGCAUCGGCGGCGACCCGGAGGCGCUCAUGGCUUACAUGGUCAAGAACCCGGGACUGCUCCCCAGCCGGGAGAGCCUCAAGGCCGGAGACAUCAAGCACCGCAGGAAGGAGAUGGCCGAGAUUAUUGACGGCGCGUGGAGGAGUUGUAUAGAAGCGGGAGACGGCAUGGGCGAGCGCACGACGGCUGCCACCGUGCUCAACGUAGAUGAUCUUUUUGUCGCCGACGCGAUCAUCGCCAACCCGCCGUCCAUGGCUCACAUUCACUGUGCGGAAAAGCUCGGCAUUCCACUUCACUUGGUAUUUACGAUGCCUUGGUGUCCGACGCAAGCUUUUCAUCACCCGCUGGCCUCGAUGAGUUAUGGUGAAGCUGACAAGAGCGCCGCCAACUACCUGUCGUUUAUCAUGAUGGAGCUCUUAACGUGGCAAGGACUUGGCGACUUGAUCAACAAGUUCCGCACACAGACGUUGGGUCUCGAUCACAUCAGUCCGUUAUGGGGAUGCCAACUUAUUCCCCGACUCCGCGUCCCUUACACCUUUCUGUGGUCCGAGUCUCUGAUCCCCAAGCCAGCUGACUGGGACUCUCACAUCAACAUAACCAGCUUCUCAUUUCUCCCCCUCGCCGAUAAGUACACGCCACCGCCAGACCUGACCGCCUUCCUCGAGGCUGGUCCACCACCCAUUUACAUCGGCUUCGGUUCCAUUGUCGUCGACGACCCCAAAGCCCUCACCCAGCUCAUCUUCAAAGCCGUUAAGGAGGCCGGCGUCCGUGCGAUCGUCUCCAAGGGAUGGGGCGGCGUCGGCGGCGGCGACGACGUCCCGGAAAACGUAUACCUCAUCGGCAACUGCCCGCACGACUGGCUCUUCAAGCGCGUCUCAGCCGUCGUUCACCACGGCGGCGCCGGCACGUCCGCAGCGGGCAUCGCAUGCGGACGACCUACCGUCGUGGUACCCUUCUUCGGCGACCAACCGUUCUGGGGCCAGAUGAUCGCCCGCGCAGGCGCCGGCCCGACCCCCGUGCCAUUCAAGGAGAUGACGGCCGAGACCCUGGCCACGAGCAUCACUUUCGCUCUCAAGCCCGAGGUCCAGGUGGCGGUGCAGCAAAUGGCGGAGCAGAUCGCAGAGGAGGACGGCGCGGGGGAUACGGCGAGGGAUAUUCAGGAACGGCUAGCUCUCGACACGAUGCGGUGCGACAUCUGCCCCGAGAGGCUGGCGAACUGGCGACACAAAAAGACCGGCGCGCACCUGAGCAACUUUGCGGUGGCAUGCCUCGUCGACAAGGGGUACAUGAAGCCGCACGAAUUCACGCUGCUGAAGCAUAAGCACUGGUACGUCGACGAGGGCGCCGAGCACCCGCUCAUCGGCCUCGUGGCUGCGGUCUCGGCCUUCUUCACGGACAUCGGCGUGGCGACGUCGGAUUACUCGCAUCGCUUGAAGAACCCGCCCCAAGCCGCCCACACACGGACGCACGCCAUCGAUCUAGAAGCCCAGCGGCCCGGACAGCACGAGAAGCAGCCCGAGGAGGAAAGCAACACCACGCGUGAACCGUCGGCGGAACCCAGCGAGGGAUCAGACGUGCAGCCAGAACUGGGCCAAGAAGGAGGCGGCGGAGAGGUAGGGACCGGCCACUUGAAGCGCGUCGUAAAGGCGCACAGUAUGACGCCGAAGCAGAUGAACGCCAUCGCCAUGAAGAUGGCCACCAAAUCCCUCCAGUGCGCCGACCCGACCGCUGAGAUGGCGAUGAUGGGCUCCCCCGCCGUGGACGAGCAAGGCAGGCGCCAGUCGGCCGUCUCGACACUCUUGAGCAAACGGGACCGGCCAAAGGAGAUUGCCCGCGCGACGGGGCGGUACGGCAUCGAGCUUGCCAAGGCCGGUCUCAAGGCGCCCGUGGCGGUCUUCUACAACGUGGCCAACGGGUUUCACAACUUCCCGUCCUACGGCUUCAUCGGGCACGAGGUGCGGCGCCGGGACCAGAUUACCAGCCUCGGGACCGGGCUUCGGACAUCGGGGAAGGAGUUUGUUUUGGGCACGUGGGAAGCGUUUAGCGGUAUUGUCAUGAAGCCUUACAAGGGUGCCAAGAAAGAGGGUGUAAAGGGCUUUGGGAAAGGUGUUUAUCAGGCUUUUCGUGGUUUCGCGUUUAAUCUCUUUGCUGCUAUUUUUGGUCUUCCUGGAUACACAUUAAAGGGAAUAGAAAAGGAAUUUUCAAAACACAGGCUUACUUCGCUCAAUGCCGAGGUGCUGCUCAUCCGGUUACGGAAAGGCAUCGAAGAUUUCAGAAGGUCGACUGUAGCUGAAAGGGACGAGGUAAUAGAGCGAUGGAAGACGUUUUUGUCAGGUCGGUAG